AUGGCCCUGCAGGAUGUGUGCAAGUGGCAGGCCCCCAACACCCAGGGACCAUCACCUCACCUGCCUCAGCCUGGGGCCUGGGCUGUGCCCCCAGGCUGCGAUCCUCAAACCUUCUUGCAGAUCCACGGCCCCAGGCUGGCCCAUGGCACCACCACCUUGGCCUUCCUCUUCCGGCAUGGAGUCAUCGCUGCUGCUGACACACGUUCCUCCUGCGGCAACUAUGUGGAGUGUCCAACCUCACGCAAGAUCAUCCCUGUGCACCAGCACCUCCUGGGCACCACCUCCGGCACCUCGGCCGACUGUGCCGUAUGGUACCGCGUGCUACGACGGGAGCUGCGGCUUUGGGCACUGAGGGAGGGUCAGCUGCCCAGCGUGGCCGGUGCCGCCAAGCUCUUGUCGACCAUGAUGUCCUGCUACCGGGGCCUGGAUCUGUGUGUGGCCACGGCCCUGUGUGGCUGGGACCGCUCUGGCCCUGCCCUCUUCUAUGUCUACAGUGACGGCACCCGCCUGCAAGGGAACAUCUUCUCCGUGGGUUCUGGAUCUCCCUAUGCCUAUGGCGUGCUAGACCGCGGCUACCGCUAUGACAUGACCCCCCAGGAAGCCUAUGCCCUGGCUCGCUGUGCCGUGACCCACGCCACCCACCGCGAUGCCUACUCCGGGGGUUCUGUAGACCUUUUCCACGUGCGGGAGAGUGGAUGGGAGUAUGUGUCACGCAACGAUGCCUGUGUGCUGUACUCGGAACUGCAGAAGCUUCCGGAGCCAGACAAGGAAGAGGAGGAGGCCAGCCGGGACCAUCCGGAGCCCGCCAGCCGGCACAGAGACUCUAGGAUGCCCGCAGAGACUGAGAUUCUCUGA